AUGCACCUCAUGGAAACAGAAAUGAAAUCUUGUAGAGAAUAUUCUAAACCGCCAGCGGUGCGCGUCGUGGUGGGUGGCCAGACCGACGUGACGGUGAGCGGCUCCCUGGGCAGCUCCAGCCGGCAUAGGAUCGAGUUCGCGGAGAUGGAAUGUAAUCUGAGGAAGGCAAUACGGGAAGUACCAAAACGACUGAAGAUGAACGUCGACGAGAGAGAAAGUAAACUACAGACAAAUAUAGAACAGGUCCAGGGAGACGUGGAGAAGACGGAAGAAGAGCUAACAAAAAAGACAGAAGAAAAUGUUGAAGAAAAUAGAACCGAAAUGGGAGAAAAGAACAUUGAAGUGACGCAGAUGCAGAAACAAUGCGACGACGUGAUUGAGAAGAUAGAAGAAGAUGUUGAAGAAACCGGAAUCGAUAUGGAAGAAAGGAUCACCGAAAUGACACAGAAGCAGAACCAAUGUAACGAUGUGAUUGAGGGGAUAGGAGAAAAGCAAAAACAAUUGACAAUAAAUCUGAGAGAUGCUGUAGCCAUGCAGCGAGAAGAUUACCAGAAGGGUGCAAUCAAAGAGUCGGUGCACCCAACUGCGGUGGGCCUCACUUGCGACAUUCAGCAACAGCCGCAUGCCAGCAGGCGCGCAGGAUGCCGCACCACUCAGGGGUCAGCUGCGUCGCCGGCCGCCGCCAGAACACGGUGCUGCUGCGGACAGAAGCGCGUCCCGGAAACAGCAGGUGCCUAA